AUGGCCUCCAACCCAAUCGUAUUCCUGGAUAUCCCAACCAAGGAGCCGCGUACCACGUGGUCGUUCAAUCUGUGGAGGACUCGGUUUGUUCUCAACUUCAAGGGCCUCGAAUACGUGACGGAAUGGGUCGAGUACCCCGACAUCAAGCCCCGGCUUGAGGGGCACGUCCCGCCACACGAAAGCGACGUGCUUUACACCCUCCCCGCCAUCAUUCUCCCCGACGGCACCUACAUCAUGGACAGCAACAAGAUUGCCCCAGCGCUCGAGGCGCUGUACCCAUCGCCGCCGCUGCGCCUCGACUCGCCGUUGAUCCCGCGGCUGCGAGCGCUCAUGAACGGCGUCCACGCGCCGUUUGGGCCCAUUUUCGCGCCGUCGGUCCCGAACCUGCUGCUUAGCGAGCGCAGCCGCGAGUACUUCGUCAGGACGCGCUCUGAGGACCACGGUAUGGACCUGUUCAAGUGGGGCCAGGAGAACGGCGGCGACCCGGCCUGGGAGAGGCUCACGCCGUCGUUGCAGGAGAUCACGGCGCUGCUCAAGGAGACCCCCGACGGGCCCUUCUUCAUGGGGAAGGAGGCGGGCUACGUCGACUUUUACUGGGCAGGCUACCUGCUCUUUACGCAGAUGAUUGGCGUGUAUGACAAGUUCCUCGAGCUGAGCGGCGACGCAAAGGCGCACACCGACUUUCUCGAGGCAAUGAAGCCAUGGUCUGCAAGGACCGAUCAUUGA